AUGGCUGAACAAGUAAAUCAACGUAUCGAGGAUAUGAUCAAUGAGUUGGAGCAGAUGAGAAGAACACAAAUGUAUGAUGACGAGGAAAUAAAAGAAAUAUCACGAAAAAGAAAGGAAUUUGAGUACCAUAUACAAAGAAGAGUGAAACAGAAGGAAGAUUUUGCUCAAUACAUAGCUUAUGAAAUGGCUUUGCUUGAGGACAUCUCUUUGAGACGAAAAAAGGCGAAACUGAGUGAAAAAAAGAAGGACAUUGAGUAUGCUAUAGCUAAACGUGUGAACAAAGUGUUCAAACAAUUUAUAUACAGAUUUCAGGACGAUUUAGAAGUAUAUUUUGAGUACAUCAAGUUUUGCCAGAGUGUAGGAUUUGAUUACGCCAUUUCUGGAAUUAUUGGACAGAUGUUACAGAUUCACGGUGACAAGCCAAAGAUCUGGCAGUUGGCAAGUAAAUGGGAGAGUAAAGAACAGAAUAACUUGGCUAAUGCAAGGAACUUCUUACUGAAGGGAGUUCAGAGACAUCCUGACUCUGAAGUGUUGUAUCUGGAGUUGUUUGAUAUUGAACUCAUUGCUUUGACAUUUAAUAGUGUUGAUGAGGAAGAAGAUAGGGAAAAGCAAGUAAAAAGAGCAGAUAUUGUUUGGAGAAAUGGUGCUAAAAAUGUUAAAAGCCCUAAAUUCCUUUUUGAAGUCUUUGAUCUAUGUAGGAAAUAUGAAAUCAAGGAAUCAUUUGUUGAUGACAUAAAGAAGGAGAUAUGGCUAAAAAAUUAUAGCAAAGAUGUUUGGUCUUACAUUGCUGCAAAGGAAUUGGAUGGUUGUCACUGGGAAGAAAUUGAAGAAUUUGUGGAUGAAGAGAACAAUUUUUCAAAAGAAGUAAACUAUUAUGUAGGAGUUUAUGAAGAGGCUUUGCAGAAGUUCCCAGAUGAAACAUUAUGUACGAAAUACAUUCAUGACCUGCUUGGUGCCAGUGAUAGUGUGUGCAGUGACCAACAGAAGAUAAGCGCCGUUAAACACGCAUGGAAAUAUGGUCGUGAAAAUGGUCUGCUUUCAAAUGACAUGUUUGCUUUUGGACUAGAAAUCUUGAAACUGGAAAAUGAAACAUCUGAUGAGGAGUUGAUGGAGAUACUGGACUCAGCAAUAAAAAUUAAUCCUAAACUAAGGUGUGUUUGGGAAGAAAAGAUUCUACUAUGUAAAUCAGAUGAGAAGAAAAUGUUGUCUGUACUACAAACUGUGAAAGGAUUGAAAUCUGAUGACAUGUUGCAACUUUAUAAUCUAGUGUUGGAUAACGUUGAUAGUGAUGUAGCACUAAAGAAUCUGUACAAAAAGUUCCAGAGCUGUGAGAAUGCUGUAUUGCUAGCAAUCAAACCUAAACUCUUGCAGAAAAUGUAUGAAAAGAAUGGAUUAAGAGCUGCAAGAGACUUGUAUGAAGAUCUCAUUAGAACUCCACCCACCCAGAUUGAGGUGCACACGAAUAUGAUAGACAUUGAGACGUCUCAGGAGAAACCAAACCCUAAGAACAUUAGGAAGUGUUAUGAAUGUGCUGUGCAACAUCAUGGCACUGAUAAUGUAGACAUCUGGACCAAGUACAUGGAGUUUGAAACAGAGCACAAUCCUCAAGCCACUCCUGCCAUCUACAGAAGAGCUGUGGGCACAUUGAAAAAGGAACAUGUCGACCAAUUUAUAAGAGCACAGACAUUAGCUAAAAUAAAAUAA